AUGAAAUUAUGCUCCAAAAUUUGCAAAUGUUAUUGUUGCUUAAAUCCAGUACUGAGUUUCCCAACUUCUUUUGAUCAUCAAAACUCAGAAAACUACAAUUCUUCAACUCUGCAAUAUGACUUUGCAACUGCCACCACUUCAUCUCUUUACCCCCAUACUCAAUUCACUAACCCUGAUUCACUCCCCACUUUACAGGAAUCAUUCCGGAGUUUCACUCGAUCAUUCCCUCACUACCUCACCACGGUGGAAGCCGAUCAAAUACGCGCCCACGACUACCGCCAUCUUUUCCUUUCUUCUCAUGUUUGCCUUGAUUAUAGUGGUCAUGCCCUCUUCUCCUCCUCCCAACAAAGUCAACAACAACAUCAUCAACAACAACAACAACAACAACAACCACAACAUCAACAACAAAAUGGUGAGUUUGUUGCUUCUUCUUCAUGUUCUUCUACCCCUUCUAAUGAUCCUUGUUCGAAAAAAGUUGAGGAGAUUGAGAGUAAACUCAAGGGGAGAAUCAUGAGGUAUUUGAAUGUCUCAGAAGAGGAUUACUCCUUAUUUUGUACUUCCAACCAAACAUCCUCUUUCGGAAUCAUGGCAGAAUCAUACCCUUUCCAAACUAAUAACAAUCUUAUUACAGUAUAUGAUCAUGAAAAUGAAGCAAUAGAAGCUAUGGUUAAGACCUCAAAAGGAAGGGGAGCUCGAGUUUCGUCGGCCGAGUUUAAAUGGCCUAAGUUAAAGAUUCAUUGUAAUAAACUAGAGGAGAUGUUAUUAGGGAGUGUUAAAAAGAAGAAGAUGAACAAAGGGUUGUUUGUUUUUCCUGUCCAAUCAAGAGUGAGUGGAGCAAGAUACUCUUACCAAUGGAUGAGUUUAGCUAGGGAUAAUGGGUGGCAUGUGUUACUUGAUGCUAGUGCCCUUAACCCUAAGGAAAUGGACACUUUAGGGCUAUCCUUAUUUCAACCCGAUUUCCUCAUUUGUACAUUUUAUAAGGUUUUCGGGCAAGACCCAUCCGGGUUUUCUUGCCUACUUGUUAAGAAAUCGAUAUCUUCGACACUUAACCUUUCGAGUAUUUCAUCCUCACCUAGAAUUAUGACCCUGACUCAUAUUACAAAAGAUGGUCAAAGGGAAAUAAACGAAUGUGAUGGUAUAGAGUGUAAAGGACUAGACCAAGCAGACGCGCUUGGUCUAGUCCUGGUUAGUAAUAGGAUAAGGUGUUUGAUCAAUUGGUUAACCAAUGCAUUACUAGCCCUUUAUCACCCACACUCGGAUAAAGGGGUACAACUAGUACAAGUGUACGGGCCUCGAGUCAAGUUUGACCGAGGAUCUUCCUUAGCUUUUAAUAUGUUUGAUUGGAAAGGGGAAAGGGUAGAUCCGAUGUUAGUGCAAAAACUCGGGGAUAGGAACGACAUUUCGGUUGGUUGUGGGUUGUUGAAGCAUGUUUGGUUCUCAGAGAGGUAUGAAGUUGAGAAGGAAAAGGUUUGUAGUAAAGAAGGGAGCAGCAGAAAAGGUAAAGGGAAGAAGAAAAGGGAAAGUACAGGAAAUGAAGAUGGGAUAGCGGUUGUUACAGUUAAUAUUGGUUUCUUAACUAAUUUUGAAGAUGUGUAUGUUUUAUGGAAAUUUGUUUCUAAGUUUUUGGAUGCUGAUUUUGUUGAGAAAGAGAGGUGGAGAUAUACAGCUCUUAAUCAGAAAUCUUUUGAAGUAUAA